UACGCAAACAAACAAACGAGGCACGUUCCACAAUGAAGACUCAAACUCUGAUCCGCUAGAUUCACAUCAACAGAUACUUCAGUUGCAUAAUACUAGAUUUUUUGAGCUUUUAUGUGGGUUAAAGGUCGGACCUACAUUACCUACAUUAGCUGUUAGGUGCAGGUCUUUCCACACAUGCACACACGUCUUUAAAAUCAGAGGAAUGUGACGGCUGGAGCAGCAGAGGAAAGUAAGUGCUGUCAGGAUGUGAAUUAAAACAACUUUUUUCACACUUUAAACCAGGAUUACCAUAAAGAAACUGGACAGAUGGCAGAUUGAGAAGGAUGCGUAGCUGCACAUCUUCCUUUGUGACCGAUUAAAAGACUCUAAGCUCCUGUUGAUCACAUGCAGGCGCUCCUCUGUUGUUCAGCAUAUGGUGGCCUCCGUACACCCGGAAACAAGCUUUACCCCAGUUACCCCCGAACAGACUGGAAAUUAAUUAGUGAAGCGUGCUUGUUUUAUGUUAUGCAUCCCCAUAUGCAAUAGUGGAUGGCAGUAGGCUAAUUCUGUAUAAUCAUAUACAUUAUUUUUAAUUUAUUUUCUAGUAUAUUAUUUAAUUAUUAAAUGAAUGUUUAUUGUAUAACAUUUUAUAAUCUUUCAUGCUUCAGUGGUUCUAUAUAUAUUGUUUUCUCAUUGUUGCUCAGGAAAGUUAAAAUGGUGGAUAUUGUAAUGCAUACAAUGCCUGCAGAAAGUGAAGUACAUGUGGCCGGAAACUUUCUCACCAAGAUUUUAAGAAGUUCUAUGAGGAAAAACCACUUCAAAGGGAGGAAUGAAUCAUCAUGUAGACGCCAUUCGUUGCACUCCGCUAAAUCUACAGAUAACCCCACCAUCUACACCCCCAAAUCUGGACCUAACCCUGUACCUGACCCCACUUCAGAGACGAAAUAUGAUGCAGGGUCACCCUCAAAAGACUUCACCAGCUGUUGGGGACUGACCAAUCUGCGACAAGUAUCCUGCCAGUUAAGCUCUAUUGGAAAUAUGGAAAGUGUAGCGCCCUCAUCUCACUCUUUAUCUAAAGAGCACCCUUUAUCGAGCAAAUCCACUGGUGGAGUAGAUCACCCAGUGCUUGAGAGUGUCAACAGCAAACCAACUUCUGCAUGUAACCCAUUUUUAUUAGGCACAGCUGACCAUGGUGCACCUCGGGCUAGCACAGAGGGGAUGUUUUAUAAAGGCAUUCCCAGUAAUCUAGGAGUUCCCAGUGACUUUCAUAGAUGCCUACAGAUCCCAAUUGGCAAUGGUGGACGAGUGAGUCCUAACGUGGAGGAGCAAGCCAGCUUCAAAUUGUCCUCCAAUGGGAAAUCCAACCAUAGACCUGUGUGGCAUAUUCCUGAGAACAAGAUGUCCACUACUCAAGCUCCUUCUCCACCCUUGCAUAGUGAUAGUUUCACUGCCACCAGAGUUCAUGAGAAGAGCUUAGUGGGAUCAUUCCCUGAAGGACUUUCUGUUCAUCCGUCAAAGAAACCUUACAGCCAAGCUGUGGACGGGCAUGAAGCGAGACUCGGCUACAAUCCACCUCCAAAAAAGGACUUUCUUCAGCCGUAUCUUUUGGUUAAGGACUACCCUAAUGAGUUAAUCCCUACCAAACUCUUUUCCAAUUCAAGCACUGAUGUUAAACAAGGCCAGAAUCCAUUUACAUAUGAACUUCAGCAUCAGAGACAGAACAGCGAUGAUAGAACCUUUUCUGCCUACCCCAAAUAUGCAUGUUCCCCAAAGACCCAAAGUGUUGGGAGCUACUACCAAAGUCUUCAAGAUUUGCCCACCAACACUGGUAGGCGAAACCAAACCAGAACCUCAAUGGCCUUUGACCCAAACCAUGAGGGCCAGGCUCAUUUCCGUUACUACUGCAUCACUGCCCAUCAGCCUUACUUGGAAUCACCUAUGCAGGGUUGGUUGGGAGAUGAACGGAGGUCUAAAAUGGGAACCUCCCAAGGUGCCACAAACAGAACCUUUGUUGGUUCUCAAAAGGUUGUGAAGACAGAGUAUACCCAGCCGUACCUCAAGGUAUGUGAGAGCAAGAACUCCAAUGGUUACAGCAAAGAUGCCAUCAGUCCUCCUUUAUCUCAAGCCAUGUCCCCUGUAACAAACCAUCUGAUUUCAAAGUCCAGCUCCGGGGAAAGAGAAACUCCAAUGAAGAAAGAGGGAGUUAAGCUGCAGUCUUCUAGACAUAUACCAAAUUUACAGAUGGAGCAGAAGAACUCUGUGUCCACUUACCAACAGGACAAUCCAUGGAUCAUCAAGCAGGAUCACAAUAUCUGUCCACACAAGACACCCAAGUUGCACUCUUUUGUCCAGGAGGGCAAGAAGAUGGAAGAAAAAUCAGUAACAUCCAAAGGAGGUGGUCAAAAAUCAAGUGAAGCCAUCUGUGGCAAACAGGGGAGACAGAGUGACCGCUAUGCCACAACUCUACGCAACAAGAUCCAACAGAAGAAAGCCCAGCUUCAGAAAAGCAGAAGUGCCACUACCUUGACCUGCUCAAGUGAAGUUGAGGAGGACUCUGACAUCUGGAAGUCCAAUGAGACCUCCACAUCAUCAUCUGAUGGUUCCUUCUCCAACACCUACAAGGAUCAUCUAAAGGAAGCCCAAACCAAAGUUCUGAAGGCCACCUCAUUUAUGAGGAGGGACCUGGAGCUUCCUGGGAACGAAGUUGUGCCGGGUCAACUUACCAAAAAAACUGGACCUGUUCAAGGGCAAGUCACCCGCAUUGGGGGGCGUAAAAGGUUUCCAAUGGAUAAAAAGAUGUAUUCCUUCUCUGAACCCAACAAGAUCAAUGAAGUAGGAGUUGAGGAUAAGGCAGCUGGGUCCUUUGAGGACCGACAUAAGUUCUUUGAAGGUUUCUGCAAACCAGUUCUCCAAAAGCCCAUUCCAAAGCAAACCCUGCUAAGCCCCACUGAAGACCACAGUGAGAGAACGACUAGAUUACCUGAAGAUAGUGAAAACAUCCGUCAGUCUCCCUUAAAAGAAAGUAAAUCAAGUAAUGCUGACCUUAAUACAGAAGAGCAACAACAGCUUGGUACAUUUGCAGAAUAUGAAGCUACAUGGAAAAUGCAGAAGAAGCUAGUGGAAAGAAUAACAACAGGCAGAUAUCAUUCAGCUGAAAACAUCCUGGACUCAGGCUUUGAGGAAUCCAACAGCAGAGUGUGUAUUCAUGAAAGAUCCUGUUCCUCCCCUUCUGCAGAAUUAUACGGACAGAAAACUCAUCUGCCACCCAGAAAGUUUCUUGUUGAAUCUCCGUCUGAUCCCAAGGACCAACAGGACAAACGUAUCCCUAGUGUUUACGAAAAGGUGCAUGGUCCACCCAACAACUCCAAGCCUCUGAAGUCCUUCACACUGAAUUUUCUGAAAAGUGAUGCAGACCCCCUUUCCUCCAACCAGAAAUCCAGACUUGAUAAAAGGCAUUCUUCACCAUUUUUCUCACAUCAUUUCCAGGUUCCAAUGUCAGAACAGCUGUUUCCUAAAAACAAAAGUCCUGAACCGCCAAGGUCUGCCCAACCCAGACAGCAGGAAACUACAUGCCCUUUCAGAGCCUCUCAGGAAGUUAGGAUUCAGACCAAUUCCCCUGAGCCAAAUCAGGGACCAUGUCCUUCAGAACAUCUGGAGAAAGACAAAAGCCCAACUGCUGCACCAGAGGACAAUCAGAGAUCAGACACCGAGGGGAUGUUAUCACACAGGCUUUGUCUUUUAGGUCAUUCCUCCAUUUCUUCCAAACAGAACGUUGACCUGACAGUAACCUCAGCCAACAGAAUGUGUUCUCCUUCUCUUCGGUUCCUUCUACAGAGGCUCACAGAUGAACCAUCUGCAACUGUGCAGAAAAGGGAUCCAUGCAGUAAUAAGAUGGAGGAAACAUCCAAGCCAAACACUUCUGGGCGGAAGGUCCCCAUACAGAUCAUAUGUACAGAAAAUAUUUCAGAGAGAGAAAACCGAAACUAUCCACCAUAUGAUGAAUCUUCUGGAGCUUACGAGGUGCCUAAAACUGGCCAAUUAAAAAAACUAGAUUCUCCAGAGCAAUUGAAGUCGCCGUUUAUUGCCUACACCCGCCUGGAACCAAUCAGAAAUCUAGAACAUGAGACUGACAAGACGGUACUAGACAAUAAAGUGCAGGUGAGGAGCAAUGGUGUGGACGAACACUCAGAGGAGGACCUGAAGCGAGAAGAGCUGGCCAGAGAUAUCAUGGGGAAGGACAAGAGUCUGGUGGACAUCUUGGAUCAGAGUAACAUGAAGACAACCAUGGAUCUGAUGGAGGGGAUAUUUCCAAAAGGCGAGCAGCUCUUGGAGGGAGCGCAGCAGAGGAGGAAAGCAGCCUCAAAACAGACAUCCCCUAAAAACACACAGCAGAGGGUGGAGGACAAUUUGGCAUCAUCAGUGUCAUUAGUGAGCAGUUCGUCAUAUUAUAGCACAUCUGCACCUAAAGCAGAGCUGCUCAUAAAGAUGAAGGACAUGCAGGAACACAUGGAGGAACAGGAUUCAGAGGACGAACUUGAUUAUGACCUUUCUAACAAGAAGCAAGAGUUGAUUGACAGCCUGAGUAAGAAGCUUCAGGUGCUUCGAGAGGCUCGUGAAAGCCUGCAGGAAGAUGUGCAGGACAAUAACGUCCUGGGAGAGGAAGUGGAGGCCACUGUUCUGACCGUAUGCAAACCCAACGAGCUGGAGAAGUUCUGCAUGUUCGUCGGCGACCUUGAGAAAGUGGUCAGUCUGCUGCUGUCUCUCUCCGGUCGAUUGGCUCGCGUGGAAAACGCCCUGAACAACCUGGAGGAGGGAAUAUCACUGGACGAGAAGCACACUUUGACUGAGAAGCGCAAACUGCUGAUUCGCCAGCAUGAAGACGCCAAAGAGCUGAAGGAGAACUUGGACCGAAGGGAACGUCUGGUUUAUGAGAUUCUGGCCAGUCACCUCAACGAAGAGCGUCUCGCAGACUACCAGCACUUCGUCAAAAUGAAGUCAGCGCUCAUCAUUGAGCAGCGUAAACUGGAGGAUAAGAUCAAACUGGGUGAAGAGCAGCUCAGAUGUCUGAAGGACAAUCUGUCGCUGGACCAGAGACUUCUGCACUGA